UCUGCCUUCAUCAAAGCCAAUAGGCAACUAGAACGCAAAAACGCUGUCAAAGGUGCCCUUGACGUAGGAACAGAUCAAGAUUGCAUUGUGGAAAUAGCUCUGAUCGAUAAGAAGUGUAAAGCACUGGUUGGCGACGUCGAGUACCAGAUAACGGACAAGGCCAACCAGGAAAUGUGGUCGCGCAUCAACAAAGUGUACGGUACUAUCACCGUCAAUGAGGCUGAGAGUGAUUUAAGACUUCUGAAAAAUAUCACUGUUGAAGGAUGGUCAGUUCGAGCACUGAGAAUAAUUAACAAUCGCAAGCUGAAGUAUAUUGAUGCCAUAUUGGACAUGAAGGUGGACGGUCCUAAGCCAUCGAUCUAUUUUCGAAACAAUUCGAGAGCCAGGUGGUAUGUGAACGACAUAGGGGCCCAGUUCAACAUGACAGGAUUGGAAUCUAUUGGGCAAAUUUAUGGGAAUGUCGUUGUAGUCACUGAGAAACUCGAAGACGUUCCACCCGAUAUGAAGAAGAAGCUUAUAGAAGUAACUGAUGGCAAAGCUACAUUCCUGACAUUUGCUCAGUAUAAAGCGUCUCGCACUACUACAACGAACCACAACUGA